UAGAAAGAAGAGAGAAUGGUUUUCCAAAUUUAGAAAUGAGGACAGAGUGACAGUUUCACAAAUCUCACCGGAAUCCAUUAAAGCACCAAUCGGAGAAGGAGAAGAAGAAAGAAGAGGACCAGGAAAAGAUGAACUCAGUAUGUCCGUCGUCUUCCUCCUUAGUUUAUUCGUAUCCUCGUACUCAUUCGAGGUUUCAUCUCCCACAGCAACGUUGUUAUAUCGCCCCACGCACGUCGCCCCGCCAUCCUCUCCCUUCCAUCAAUCUCCAGUCCCGGAGAUUGACGCUCAGAUGCUGUAGCAGUGCGAGUCCCGGUGGUCCUGCUCCUGGUGAGAAUGAGAGUAAAACCAUUCUGGAUGCUUUCUUCUUGGGGAAGGCUAUAGGGGAAGCUCUUAGUGAGCGUGUAGAGUCUACAGUGGGGGAAUUUUUAAGUACAAUUGGGAGGUUGCAAGCUGAACAACAGAAACAGGUGCAGGAAUUCCAGGAAGAGGUUUUGGAUAGGGCUAAAAAGGCCAAGGAAAAAGCAGCAAGGGAAUCAAUGGAAUCACAAGGUCUUAUUACACCAAAUACCACCACUGUUAAUGGUACAAGUUUUGAUAAUCCUGCAAAUGUCCAGGAUUUCAAUAGGGAACCGGAUCCAACAGACCCAGACUUUCUGUUUGGCAUAUCCAAGGAAGACUAACAACCCUUCACUGCCUUAAAUCUCCAGGCCAGCUGUCCCACCCAAAAGAGGUGCAUACAAUUCAACAAGGGGAUUAGUCAUUGUGUUCGACGGUGAAAACCCAAGGUACACCCAAAAAAAGCAACCCUUCACUGCAUCAUGUUGGAGAGAGAUUAAAGAUUUUAUGAUUGUAUAUUUCAUGUUUGUGACAUGUUUGGUUCCGAGAGCCCUAGGCUUAUAUUAUUUUUUAUUAUAAUGAUAUCAUAUCAUAUCUACCAAAGAAAAUAUGCACUUUUUGUUA